AUGAAUGAGCAGAAGGAAUCCCUCCGCAUCAUCGAGCAGAAGUACAAGCUCUUCCGGCAGCAGCAGUUCACCUUCAUCGCCGCGCUGGAGCACUGCAGGGAGAACGCCCGCACCAGGAUCCGGCGCAUCAACACCAUCGGGCAGGUGCAGAUGUACGUGGAGCACUACUGCAACAACUCCACGCACCGGCGGAUUCUGCUCAUGUUCCUGGACAUCUGUACCGAGCUGAGGAAGCUCUGCCAGUGCUUUGAAGCCCUGCGCCCUGGCACCCCAGUCAUCAACAGCCUCCUAAAGAAAUGUAAGACCCUUCUUAGCCAAACCAACGACCUAAGCAGCCUGAGAGCCGGGUAUCCUCACGACGUGGUGAACCGCCUCAGCUGUGACGAGGCCAGGAACCACUACUGCGGCGUGGUCAGUCUCAUCGCCAUAGUCUUAGAUGGAAUGAAAGAAUGGAUCGCCCAAUCAGAGAAGCUGCCCCUCAAAGUGCUGCAGCAAGUGAGUGACCCCAAGCCAAAGGACUCCUCCUCCUCCACUUCCACCUGUCCUCACCAGACCACGGACACCCAGGCUCAGUUACAAACAGAGCAACUUAGGGGACCUCUAAAGUGCAGCCUCAAGCCUAGUCUGAAAGACAAACGAUGUUUAAAACCUCCCUGGAGACCACCUGGUGGGAAACUGUAA